CAACAUUACAGGAUUAAAUUUACUCGGCCCCCAUCAGAAAAUAUUAUGGGCCAAUGUAAGUGAGGAAGAGUUGGAAGAAGAUCAAUCGCGGUUGGUUAUUAAAAGACGGCAUUUGAUGGCCACAAGAAAAAUUUUCACGAGAUUCUUUAAUCGAGCACAACCGUGGCCAAACGAUCAAGUAAACACUGAGAAAAAUAUAGAAGGCAUGGUGAAUCCGGCCGAAAACGGAACCACGGUAACGCGUCAUGACGAAACUGACAGAGUGACCGUUGUAAGCUCAAUAGAGGACGUAUGUGCGGCGGACCCGGAAAACCGUAUUGACUUAUCAUCGAAAUCCGGACUAGACAACGGUGUAGACCAGAUUUCCAACUUCAAUAAUGACGCAUCGGACAUUGUGGCUGACGAAGUGAUUCAAGCAGCCGACGACCCGAAACCGAUUAAGAAAGAAACAAUAGUCGAGCGCAUUGCUAUAGCACAAAGAGUUGAUGGCCAGUGCAUUUCGGUGGUAAACGAACAGUCGCAUGGCAACGCUACCGUAGAUGAAUCGAAGACUACUUCUGUACUGCACAAUAUCGAGGAUUAG